AUGGAUCCGCUGGUAAUUGGGCAUAUAGUUACUACGCUGUUUCCUUCGACGAACGACGGGGUGUUUUUCUUCGAUUCCCGACCUCGCUUGGUUACAAUACCGCAGGUCACAGUCAAUGAGAUAAAUGCCGCUAUGAAGCGUAUGAAGAACAACAAGGCUCCUGGCACAGACAGCAUUCCUAGUGUUGCUGUCAUUGCGGCGAUUAAGGUUGAUCCAAACAUAUUCGUAAGCUUGUUUACCAAAUGCCUAGAGGAAGGACUUUUUCCAAGCCCUUGGAAAAAGCAAGAUUUGAUCCUACUUCUUAAACCGGGAAAAGAACCGCAGAAUCCAACAUCAUAUCGACCAAUAUGCUUGUUGGAUGAACUCGGGAAGACCCUUGAAUCUGUCAUGGUCAACUGUUUGCACGAGUCUCUGGAACGCCAUGGAGGACUUAGUGAGCGGCAAUUUGGUUUCCGAAGAUGCUCCGUACUUGGUCCUGCUCUGUGGAAUGCGAUGUACGAUGGUGUACUUGAAGUGAUCGUUCCAGAUGACGCUGAUGACCUUGCAAUCGUUGUCGUUGCGAAAACGAUAGAGAAAAUCAUGGUGCGGUGCUCAGCAGCUGUUGAAAAGGUAACCAGUUGGCUUUGCGAAAACGGACUCCAACUAGCGGUUCAAAAGACGGAAGCAGUGUUACUCAGUACAAGAAGAAAACGGGAAGUAUUCUCGUUUUCAAGCGGUGGUUUCGAAAUUACCUCGAAGUCAUCCCUGCGGUGUCUGGGUAAUUUCAUAGAUACCAGAACUACUUUUAGAGGCCAUCUAAGGGCGGUAAAUGAGAAGGCGGCUAAAGUCACUGUUGCCCUGUCUCGACUCAUGACAAACACCUCGGGUAUACCACCCACCAAGCGUAAACUCCUGGCAAGACUCACCAGCUCGGUAAUAUUGUAUGCAGGUUCCAUCUGGGUUUUUGCUAUGCGAAUGAGCUUAUAUGCUGCAGGCGCAAAAAGUACGUACCGGCUAAGCGCAUUGCGCGUAAUCAGUGCUUUCCGCACAGUAUCGGAUGAUGCUGCAUGUGUUAUAGCAGGUAUGCCGCCACUUGAUCUGCUGGCCUAG